AUGGGUCGGGACGAGGAGGAGGAGAGCCUGCCCAAGCUAACGCCCGAGCUCUGGUCGGCCGUCAUCGCCUCGGACGCGCUCACCUCUCAGGUCUCCGAUCCCAGGCUGCAGGAACUGAUCCGCUCCAUUGACUCGGCACCCGACCGCGAAGCCGCUCUCAACGCCACUGCACGCAACGACCCCGACUUUGCUGCCUUUAUCGACACUCUCCUCAGCGUCCUCGACGACGCGUCUACCCAAGCCUAG